GCGAAAAGGAAAUCGUAAAUAUAUUAUGUUUUGAUAAUUCAGAUAACUUGAUAUUAUCAUAAUUUAAAAAUGGUACGCGGGAUUGCAAUGUGUCAUAUUGUGCCGCCUAUCCACCUGGCACCAUUUUGCUUAAGUUUAGAUAAUUUGAGAAAAUACGGUAUUCAUUCAGUAAUAUAGAGCUGUUCUUUAUAUCUAACGAUUUUCGUUUUUAAACAUUCGCCAAACCUGUCAGCUAACAGUAACGUCAUAUGAAUGCUUGUAGGAGAAUGACUGGACUAUUUCAACUGUUGUUAUUGGUCAGCGCAACCGUGGCUUCGGAGCCAUCCUGUCCAGCGUGCUCCAAAUAUGACUAUGAGGAAAAGAUCCUCGAGAGACUGAUCCGGAUGGAAUUCGCUUUUGAAAAAUUGGGCGAAAAAGUGGAUCUGAAUUUGAACAAUAUCAAAGAUGAGAAAGAACGUUUGCACGCGGUCGUUGAUGUCAUGAAGGACAAACAGGAGCAAGCAGAACGUAAACUUGUUUCGCUAAUGGAGGAAGUUGAGAGAAACCAGACCAGCACACUUGAGAAGGUUGUGACUGAUUCGAAAAAUACGUUAGAUCACAUGAACGCCGCCUCCAAUAAUAAUCAAGACCAAAUCGUUACUCCACUGGUGUACUUCAACGCCCGCUCUCCACAGACCAGCAGCCUUUCUGAAGGUGAGGUGAUAGUUUACAAAACAGUGAACACCAACCAGGGCAACGGCUACAGCUCCACCACGGGCAAAUUUACCGCUCCAGCACGGGGAUUCUACUUGCUUCUCAUGCACACGUGCACACCUACAAAUGCACAUGCUAACCUUCACAUAGUGAAGGAAGGUUCCGUCCUUAUGGCAAGUAUACAUUACGAUAAGGACCAGUAUACCUGUUCCAGUAGUCAGGCGUUCGUACAGCUUAAUGUCGAAGAAUCUGUCUGGGUAAAAUGCUCCAGUGGUGGCUCAAGCGUAAAACUGUAUGACGAUUCUUUCCUUUGGACCAGUUUUGGUGGUGCUCUCAUUCACAACUGACUUGCUUAGGUCAUUGUUCGCGAAAUGCCAAAAAGCAGAAAACAUACACUUUGUGGAAGUAGGUUUCGCAGUUAUUUAUUAGUUAUUUUAAAAAUAGUAUAUUGUAAGUACGAGAAUAAUAUUUGUUAUCACUUAUAUUGCUAUAUAAACAUUGUACGAUAUCGCCCGUGUACCCAGCCUUGAUGAUAUGUCAUGUCAUUUAUACAUUGUUAGAUAUCGUCUGUAUACCCAGCCUUUAUGCUGUGUCAUGUUAUUUAAUCAUUGUUAGAUUUCGCUAUUGUAUCCCGCCUUUAUGAUAUGUCAUGUCAUUUAAACAUUGUUAGAUUUCGCCCGAGGAUCCCCGCCGUUAUGACGUAUAAUGUUUUUUAAACAUUGUCAUUUUGUUAGAUAUCGCCUCUGUACCCCGCCUUUAUGAUGGCCAUGAGAUUUUAACAUUGUUAGAUAUCGUCUGUGCAUCCCGCCUUUAUGAUGUGUUAUGUUAUUUAAUCAUUGUAAGAUGUCGCCUUUAUGAUGAGUCAUGAAUAAGUUUUCUUUAAAUUGACAAAACAUGUGUUAAAAUAAAAGUAUUGUUUGUGACGUAACUAAACAUGUAUACUCAUGAUGUUUGCUUUGCCUACUCACUAUUAAACUUUAUUUCUUAAGUGUUAAGUAACGCAUGUAUAGUUUUCCUUCAAUUCGUUGUUUUAUAACCUUUUUUUAAGAAUAAACUAAAAAGUCGUAUUUAUUGGAAUAAAGAUUUUAAUCUUGAA